CAUAUGACGCCAUCAGAUCGCGACCCUGGGGCAGUUGGCCUCGCUGUCAUGUGGCGGGGUGUCCCCGUCUGCCUACGAAUCCUUCUGCAGUGGCGGCUGGCGCUCUGGUCCCACAGCUUUGCCAGGACUUGGGGGAGCUGUAGGGAGGCGAUGGCCGAGGCGCUCUGUACCCAGGCCGAGGCAGCGGGCGAGUUGAAGGCUCCGGUUCAGCAAAAUGGAGACUCCGGUAGUGACGGGGGCGGAGAGCCGCUCCCCGAGGGCCUGGAGCCGCCGGCGGCGGGGGGACAGGUCCCAGCUCCGGUCGCCGACUCAGGCAAGAGGAAGAAGCGGCGAGGCGCCGCCGGGGAACGGGUCGUGCCGCCCCCGAAGAAACGGCGGACUGGGGUCAGCUUCGGCGAUGAGCACUUUGCGGAGACCACCUACUACUUCGAGGGCGGCCUGCGCAAGGUGCGGCCCUAUUACUUUGACUUCCAGACCUACUGUAAAGGUCGCUGGGUGGGCCGCAGCUUGUUGCACGUCUUCAGCACCGAGUUCCGAUCCCAGCCACUGGCGUACUACGAGGCUGCAGUCCGGGCGGGACGGCUGCAUCUCAACGAGGAACCGGUUCAGGACCUCAGCAUCGUGCUCAAGGUGGUGUCCGAUGGGGCUGGCCAGAAUCAGGCUCUGAGAAAAGGAGAAAAGGACAACGACUUCCUGCGGAACACGGUGCACAGACAUGAGCCACCGGUCACCGCAGAGCCUAUUCGCCUGCUAGCUGAGAACGAAGAUGUGGUUGUUAUAGACAAGCCGUCCUCCAUUCCUGUCCACCCCUGUGGCCGUUUCCGACACAACACGGUCAUCUUCAUCCUAGGCAAGGAGCACCAACUGAAGGAGCUGCACCCGCUACAUCGGCUCGAUCGCCUCACCUCAGGAGUGCUCAUGUUUGCCAAGACAGUUGCAGUCUCGGAGAAGAUCCAUGAGCAAGUUCGGGACCGUCAGCUGGAGAAGGAGUACGUAUGCCGAGUGGAAGGGGAGUUCCCUGACAAGGAGGUAACUUGCAAGGAACCCAUCUUAGUGGUGUCUUACAAGGUAGGAGUGUGCCGCGUGGAUCCCCGGGGCAAGCCCUGUGAGACUGUGUUCCAGAGACUGAGCUACAAUGGCCGCUCCAGUGUGGUACAGUGCCGACCACUUACAGGCCGUACUCACCAGAUCCGAGUCCACCUCCAGUUCCUGGGCCACCCCAUCCUCAAUGACCCCAUCUACAAUUCAGCUGCCUGGGGUCCUUCUCGAGGCCAGGGUGGCCACAUUCCAAAGACAGAUGAGGAACUCCUCCGGGACCUGGUCGCAGAACACCAGGCCAAAGAAAGCCUGAAUGUGCUAGAUCUCUGUGAGGGUGACCUGGCCUCAGGCCUCAUGGACUCCACGGCCCCCUCUGCAGAGUUGGCCAAGGGCAGCCUGGAAGAGUUGGCUGCAGUAGCCCAGAAGAGAGAUGGAAUAGCUGAGGCAGCCUCUCAGGAUCUGGACGCACCAGAGAAGACAGCUAAAGCAGAUGUUACGAAUCAAGAAACAGACCCACUCUGUGCAGAGUGCCGGGUGUUGCGACAGGAUCCCUUGCCCCAAGAUCUUGUGAUGUUCCUGCAUGCCCUCCGCUAUAAAGGGCCAGACUUUGAGUAUGUCUCACCCAUGCCAGUCUGGGCGAGGGAUGACUGGCAGGAAGCCUGAGGGGUGUGGCCAGUGGGAGAAUGACUUCUUGGGUUGUAAGGAGGAUGGGCCUUGGGGCAGGGACUGAUCCCAUUGGUUGAUACUCAGGGUUUGGGGAAGAGUGAGGUUUCACUGUAAAGGAACCUGCUUGUACUUGCUACCUCCUUCCUCUUAGUUCAUUUGGGGACUUACAGGACUGUAAAUAUAUCAUUUUUUUUCUAACA